UUAUAUGAAGUUAAUUUGUCAUAAUCAAGAAGCCUUGCAAAUGGCAUCCUAUCUCAAGUACAAAAAAUAUUGAAGUUGAUUGUUACUUUAUAUGAGAAAGGGUCACAUCAGGAGACAUCAUCACUACAUUCGCUGGAUCAAAAGAUCAGCUGGUUGAUGUUCUCACCAAAGGUCUCACUAGUCCUAAGAUUAAAUAUAUUUGUCUCAACUCGCAUGAGGUUGUGUUGAUUCCCUAUGAGCUGUUCUUCGACAUCCACCUCGCAUUGGCCGACCCUCUGUAGGAGGGCUUUUAGUGUCUCCAUUGUUGCAACUUCAUUUUCUGUUUUGCCCAAGUCUGCUAACAAUUUGUUAAGAACACAUGAACAAGAUCUUGUCCUGGGACGUGUUUAAGAGAGAGUUGUCUGAAUAAAACGAAACAAUGUUUAUUGUUAAAUUCGUCGGUGUACAGCCUCAUAUAGAUGCCACCAGAGUCCGUAAGGAUAGGAAAUAAGAUCUGCAAAGCUAGUACAACUCAAAAACUAAAGACUAACUAAACUAGAAUUAAUGAAUAUAAUAAUGACAAUAAUAGGAAAAAAUAACCGUCUCCAUGUCUAAUCCCUUUAAGAUAUUUAAUAGGACAUAAUAAUUCUCUGCAUGUCCAUACACUUUCGGUUCUAGGCUGCUCGGCUAUUUGGCCUAUUUGGUGUUGGCUAUAAGUGGUCCCCAAAAGGAGUCCACAACCUGAUGCUGAUGAGCUAACCCAUUCUACCAACGGGCCGGAUAGGGAUACUAACUAAACUAGCAGGCCACAAGUGCCUGUACAGGGCUGCUCUUCUUCUGGUUUCUGGCCUGGACCAUCGUUUGGGUCAAUAGGCCUGACGCCAAUCCAAUAAAUAUAACUCUUUCAUGCUGGGCUAGAUAGUGCUUGGACCUAUAUCCCAACAAUAACAAUAAGGAUCAAGGAAAAUGAUAACAGUGGUCCUUACUCCUUCGGGGGUAUAGUUGAGAAUCAAUGAGACCCGAGUUUUUAUGCCAUUUUCAAGAAACAAUCAAUUUUUUACUACAUAAUACUUAAUGGGCUAAUUUGAUAAACUGUUUGUUUUUGACACGCUAAAGUAAAAAGCUUUUACACUAUGAUUUAUUUAGCUGAUGAAUUAGUUAUUGGAAUGCUGAUAUUAAAAUACAUUUCACCACUUAAAUCCAUAUAUAAAUCUUAAAUAUGAAUAACAUGGUUGUAACAACAACAAUAAUAACAAAGUGUAGGUUUUAAUAAGCAAACAGUGUUUCCUAUGGAGGAAAAUGAAAGCACUGAGAUAUGAUUCAGAUUUAUUGGACACCUGAGCAAAAAUUAGAUGUAUAUCAUGAUGCAAAAAAAGUAGCAAAAGAGCACCUCAGCUCUUUUUAUUAAGUGCAUUUGCUGUCAUCUCUUGGGGAAAUAUACAUUAUUAUCCAUGUAUCCACAGGUUUUACAGUAAAUGUGACUUUUAGAAACACAUAGACAAUGGGUUUCUAAGACAGAUCAGUUAUGCUAAGUGUCUAAGCACCAUUUUAAAAUAACAUCACAGCUAGGAGCAUUAACCACAGCUUUAAGGGCAACAUGAAUUCAAUAAUAUGCAUGAAUAUGUUUGCUUAAGGCUGAAAUGUAAAGUUCAUUUACAGAAGUCUGCUAUGGGAAAGGCAGACUUCCAAAUCAAGCAUCAGUGCAUCAUUGACAUGCAUAUGUAAGUUUAGAAACCGCAUAAUUGUUAAAUGCAGUAAUUAAUACUACAUGUAAUACAUGCUUAUGGCCAUAUGUUUGAAACUUGAAAGACUAAUUUGUUAAUAAAUUAUUCAAUAAUUAGAGUCAAAAGUAGUAAAGCAUUAGUUCCAGAAUUAUAUAAAAUCAUGGACAUGUAUAUGUAAGUUUAGAAACCCCUUAAUUGUUAAAUGAAGUAAUUAAUAUAAUACAUGCUUAUGGCCAUAUGUUUGAAACUUGAAAGACAAAUUUGUUAAUAAAUUAUUCAAUAAUUAGAGUCAAAAGUAGUAAAGCAUUAGUUCCCAUCAUCAUCAUCAUCAUUACCCAGUGCCGCAAAGGCUCCCACCUACGGUGGAGUAGGGGGGGUCGGAUGUACACAGUCUUACCCUUGUACUAAAGCACAGAGAGACUGUUUCCGAAUGACCCGUAGUGAAAAUCGCGUCGAAAAUUGCAUAGUAAAGCAUUAGUUCCGAAAUUAUAUAAAAUCAUGUUAGCCAAAAUACUUACCCAAGACAUCAUAUGGCCUCAAAUAAAUGGACAUGCAAAAUACCACCGAAAGAAUAUAUAAUAUGUACGACAGUGAACUUACAAAUUCAACACUUUGAAAAGGGUCACAAGUUUGAUUAAAAUCAUUAAACCAACAUAAAAACAAAUUGAUCAUGAUAUCUAUCAAUAAUAACUUGCCGCAAGAAGCCAGUAAUUAAAUACUUAGAUGGACUUGAAGAUGGUAAGAAUGUAAGGGUUAAUAUUCACAAUUGAAUCAGUAUGACCAAAAGAGUCGAAUGGUUCACAUUCACGUGAUUCGACAAUAUGUGUUUCUAUAUUAAGGCCUUAAUGCAUGAAUGACUCAUUACCCAAAAAUCGUAUCAAACAUGAAUAUUGCAACCACAAUGAGGGCAAAAAAGCUUCACUUUUUCCUUGAUUAAUUGUGUGGUUUGUAUGCCGUGAAGAUAUGGGGAACCAAAGAUAGAGGGUUUUGUUACUUGUUCCAGACGUGCACUCAAGUUUUAAAUAAGAAAUAAAGAACAGGUAGGGUGGGGGAGGCAAAAUUCACUAAAGCUAAGAGAACGGAAAGAUAAAAUGUUUGGUAGGGCAUAUGAGAAAUUGUGUGAAAAAGAUAUGCCGAUCGAUUAUUUAAAAAAUGCAUCAUAUAUAUACUAUUUGCCGUUGGAACCUCAAACUCCAUUUGGAAAGAAAUUCUAGCACUCCAGCUAGCAAAGUGAUAACGUUACGGCAUCAUCCCUUGCAUGUACACCGUGUGUCUUUCACAUAGAACUUCAUUUUCAAUGAAACUCUCAAUAAACGACAACCAUCCACCGAAGCACAAAUCAUAUUGUUAUCUUCACCUUCACCGAAAUCUCUUAUAUAAAGCAGCCACAACGCUAAGACAAAUCAACCACCAAGUAAACUUACUCUCCAAUCUCGAUGCAUUCAUGCCCUGAGCGCUCUCUCUUUUAUCUGUAAUCCAAGUUAUAUCCUUCUUUCAUUAAUCACUUGAAAGUGUGAUAAUGAGAAAUAUAGUCUUCAGAGAGCAAGGGAGAGACAUUUACACCACUCCUACGCAGAGUCUCAAAUAUGUCUGGGAUUGUGUACGAGUUCCUAUUCUUGUGCCUCUUCUUAAAUUGGCAAUGUCUAUAUGCAUAUUGAUGUCGGUGAUGCUGUUUCUUGAAAGGGUGUAUAUGGCAAUUGUAAUUGCUUGCGUUAAAUUCUUAGGGAAAAAAAGGUAUACCAAUUAUAAGCUCGAUGCCAUGAAAGAUGACCUUGAGCAGAACAAGAACUACCCAAUUGUGUUGGUCCAAAUUCCCAUGUUCAAUGAAAAGGAGGUAAUAACCAUUAUUAUUUGAUACUAGUGCACUUCACUUAUAUAGAAUAUAAACCAUGCUUAUCUUUUUACUCUUUUAUUCUUCACCAGGUUUACAAGCUUUCAAUUGGAGCAGUAUGUGGGCUUACAUGGCCAUCAGAUAGGCUUAUUGUGCAAGUUCUUGAUGACUCUACUAAUGAAUCCCUAAGGGUAUGUUUUUGUCUAUUUUGGAUGGUUUUUUAGAGGAAGGGUCAAAUUUAUUCCUUUAAAAUAACUGAACUAUUUAUAAUUAUGGUAAUUAAUAUAUGAAUAUGACAUCAAAAUGAUAUGUUACCAUUUUAUUCUUUCAUUUAAAAGAAAAAAAUCUUGAAAUGAAAAAAAAAUCCAUUCUCUAUCCUCCCCUCCAAUACCUAACUCCCAAAUAUAAGUAAAAAGCUUGAGAGUAUUCUCUGGACUAAAUAUUUCAUUAACUUCGGUGUCUAUCAAGGUCUCAUCAGUUUGUCUUUAAGAUAACGCUUUAAGCAUCAAUAUGCAGAUAUCAGUCGAAGAAGAAUGUCAGAAAUGGAUUCAGAGAGGGGUUAAUGUUAAGUACGAGACAAGGAAGAAUAGGAAUGGUUACAAGGCUGGUGCUCUACGUGAAGGUCUAAAAAAGCAUUAUGUUGACGACUGUGAGUUUGUUGCAAUCUUCGAUGCUGACUUUCAGCCUGAAAAUGACUUUCUUUGGAGGACAAUCCCUUAUCUCCUAGAAAACCCAGAAUUGGCACUGGUGCAAGCGAGAUGGAAAUUCGGUAAGGACAAAUCUACCAACAAAAGUUUUAAAACUAUAUCAAUAGCAAUGUUCGAAAUUGUAUAUUGCAUUGUUGGGGUAGUUAGAACUCAUUGCGCAAUGAAGAGUUAGCCUAAGAUUAUUAUACAAAUUAAAUAAUUAAGGUGGUGUCCAUAAUAGGAGUAAAACAUGGACCAAGUUCACAAAUAUGAGCAAUUAUGUUUUAUUCCAAAAAUAGGACUUGUUUAGUCCUAGUGAAAGAAUAAAAGCAAUUAAGGUUUCUUUUUUAGGAGUGGAUGGGUCAUAUUUUGAAGAGGGAAAAAUGGUGGUCCUGUUUGAGGAUACAUAUCAUGUUUUAGUCCUAUUUAGGGAAUAUCCUCAAAAAUUACAAAUACUACUAUAAAUCUUACUCCGUAUUAAAUUAUAUACUAAAUUCUUUAAAAUUCGAUAAAUUUCAUAGUGAAAAGAAACAAUAAUGAGGACAUGAACCCAUACAAUAAGUUCAAGCAUCAUAUGAUAGCAAAUAUUUCAUACUCCAUUAAAGUUUAACAUUUACUAGACUGAGGAAUGAAAAAAAUUGAGUCAUCAAUAUUUAGUGGUUUAGAAAGUUAAAAAGCAAUCAAAGCUACUAUAUUUCUUUGUUUGAUUUUUCCAUAACCUUCUGUGUUUUGACAUUGAAAUUUGAAAUUCAGGACAUUAAUUACAUUAGUGCUUCAAGGAGCGUGCAAAAAUAUUAUGGAGAACUGGAGCAAUAAUUAUAAUUAUUCUAUUAAUAAUUAAUGCUUUAGAAGCCAUUGUUGAACAGGAUUAGUGACUUUAAGCAAUUUGUUAAUAUUAAUCCAUAUAGCUAUUAACCAGAAAAUCGACAAUUAUUAACUAGGAAAAAAAUAAUAGGAAAAAUACACCUUGCAAAUGAGAAGAGAGAGGAGUUUGCAUCACGUUAAUGUGUGUGACAAACUAACAUAAACAAAAUCUAACACAUCAUUAACGCGAAAAAUUACAUAAAUAAAAACACGACCUUGUAGUCUUAGUCUUGUGGAUGAGAAGAGAUAAGAGAGAAUGAACAAUCAUAGAAGAAAGGCGAUCAUCGCAUAAGAGAAGUGAAGAGUCGGAGAAGUUGUAAAAAAAAAUUAGGCUUUUUUGAGUGGGCCAAAGCCCCAACAUAAUAAGUAAACCCUGAAAACACAAUUGUGUGCGUCUCAUCACGUACGCCUCGUGGUGUAGGCAUGUGGUAAAAAAGGCAUAAGCCUCUACUCUAGGAGUUGCCUUAAUGCGUUUGGCCGAGAAAUUGCUGAAGCGCACCGCAAGAUGCAAAGGCAUUGUACAAUUACUAACACUGAUCAUGAGUCAGUGAGUCAAAGUUGAUGAGCAUCGAACCAUACAGUUGAUAAUCCAACUGUGAAUAAUUAACUUCGCCAUUUAGCUAUAUAUAUAUAUAUAUAUAUAUAUAUAUAUAUAUAUAUAUAUAUAUAUAGGGGAGGGUUCUAGUGAGAACCCCUCUUACAAUAAGAACCCGUGAGAACCCCUGAGAACCGGUGGUAUUUUUGGCUGAAAUUUUUUGUGUAUGUUCCUCAUCAAGUCUAGAUCAUCCAUACCAAAUUUGAGCAAAAAAUUCAAUCGGAAAGGUCAUCAAAUGAUUUUUGAAAGAAAA